AUGGCACCGAAGUCAGCGUUAGAGGAUGUAGUGGAGACGCUGGAGAAGCAACUGCUCAACGCGGCAUCGGCAGCCACCAACAACGACGAACAGGACGCCGUGUCUACUGCAGUGGGCCGCUUGCAUGACGUGGAGCUACAUGCGUACCAGAUGGACGGCUUGAAAUGGUUGGUGCAUCGCGAACAGGCGCAUGUAAAUGUGAUCUUGGGCGACGAGAUGGGACUGGGGAAGACGCUGCAGACGAUUGCGUUCAUUAGUUACUUGAACGCAGCGUAUCCGUCGUCGUUCCAGUCGUGCUUGAUCGUUGCUCCGUUGAGCGUGUUGCCCAACUGGAGCGAGCAACUCGGUCGGUUCGCCCCGCACUUGUCCGUGCUCUCGUAUUCUGGCGACAAGGAACAGCGACGUGUCCUUCAAGCACAGUUUGCCCUGAAUCCGACGGCGGUGCUGCUGACGUCGUACGAGUUAGCGGCGCUCGACACGUCCUUCCUCAAGGCAGGUCCGUCCUGGUCAUUAGGUGUGUUUGACGAAGGCCAUCGCUUAAAGAACGCCAAAACCCAGAUCCACCAGACCUUGCGCGACGACAUUCAAUUCGACCGGAAGGUGAUCCUCACGGGCACUCCAGUGCAAAACAACUUGGUCGAACUCGCAGCUUUGCUGUCAUUCCUCAACCCAACUCUGUUUACGCCCACGGCAUGCCAAUCGCUAGCUUCUUCCAUGUCGCCGUCGUUGCUGCGGUCGAUAUUGGCACCCGUGAUGCUGCUUCGAACUGUCCGAGAUGUUCAGGACUCUCUAAAGUUGCCGCCGCUGACCAAGGUGGUCAUUCACACCCAGCUGUCGCCCAUGCAACGCGCGUAUUACAAGCAGAUUGUGUCGAAAGGCACUGCGUUUGACACGACGUUGUCAUUGAUGAACAUCUUGGCACAGCUGCGGAAAGCCUGCAACCACCCGUACUUGUUUCCCAAUGCUGAGCCGGAACCGUUUCAAGAAGGCGCCCACUUGUGGCAGACCAUUGAUCGGUUUCGAAGUGAAGACGAAACGUUCUUGUUUCUGCUCAGCACAAGAGCAGGCGGCGUGGGCUUGAACCUCCAGAGAGCCGACACGCUGCGGAAAGCCUGCAACCACCCGUACUUGUUUCCCAAUGCUGAGCCGGAACCGUUUCAAGAAGGCGCCCACUUGUACAUGAAUAGCGGCAAGUUGUUUGUGCUGCACACCCUCUUGCACGAGCUCAAGGCCACCAACCACGUGGUGCUCCUAUUCAGCACGUCCACCGCGUUCCUAGACAUCAUCCAAGACUACUGCACGUGGCAAAAGCUAUCAUAUGAACGCCUUGACGGGUCUGUCCGCGGUGAAGAGCGGUACGUUCGAGAAUGCGCUAAAGCAGGUGCAUCUGGCCUAGACGACGACAACAAGAGCGAAUUGUUUACCCAAGACAUGCUGCACUAUGGCCUACAGCAUUUGAUGGCUCAAACCGACGACGACGAGCUGACGCCUCUGACUGCCGACCACGUGGCAGCUCUGUUGAAUCGCCAGAGUUCGCCACCACCUGCAACCAAGCAGGCUCCGCUUGUGGAAGUGAAGGACGAAACAACCAAUAUGUACGUGUUUGAAGGGCACGACUACUCUGUCGCAACUGCCACCGCCGAUGUCGCAUGCCUCAAGAAGCUACAGCUACAAGCUGCCACGUCAUCUCGACGGCCCCGUACGAAGCUAGCCACGUAUGACUAUGACGACGACGACGACGACAAGGACGAGACGGAGCAGCCAGUCAAUUUGGACACGAUCGAAGCUUUGAAACGACAAAAACUGGCGAGGAAGCUAGCGCUGUGGGCCAAGAACCACUACACGUCGUACGCGAUUGAUACUAUCAACAGUGAAACUCCACGAAGUGAUGAUGUUCAAGACACUGAACAAGGAGGCCAUGGUAUCACGUACAAGGCUGGGAACGCGGCGGCGGUGACGUCAUCGGACGGCCGGCCAGCAAUCAUCGUGCAUUGCGUCGACACGAGCGGCGCGUGGACGUCGCGGGGUUUCUUUGGCGCGCUCUCCCGUCGAUCAUUGUCGGUGGAAGAGGCAUAUGGAUGCAUGCGACCCAACCAGGAUUUGAAACUCGGCCAGGCGCACUGCAUCCCCAUCGACUCGAACACGUUCGUGUGCUUGUUGGUGGUGCAGAGCUACCUCCACCAGCGCCAAAAGCGCACGCACAAGACCCUCUCGCUGCGUCUGAACGCGCUGCAAGUGGCGCUCAAGGUGGUGGCGGCUCACGCGCGGCGGCUCAAUGCGACCAUCCACAUGCCAAGACUGGGCGCGGGCACCCCCGGGUUCAACUGGUACGCCGUCGAGCGGUUGAUAAGAAAACACUUGACGGACGGAGCGACUGUUCGAGAAUGCGCUAAAGCAGGUGCAUCUGGCCUAGACGACGACAACAAGAGCGAAUUGUUUACCCAAGACAUGCUGCACUAUGGCCUACAGCAUUUGAUGGCUCAAACCGACGACGACGAGCUGACGCCUCUGACUGCCGACCACGUGGCAGCUCUGUUGAAUCGCCAGAGUUCGCCACCACCUGCAACCAAGCAGGCUCCGCUUGUGGAAGUGAAGGACGAAACAACCAAUAUGUACGUGUUUGAAGGGCACGACUACUCUGUCGCAACUGCCACCGCCGAUGUCGCAUGCCUCAAGAAGCUACAGCUACAAGCUGCCACGUCAUCUCGACGGCCCCCGCCCUGA